AUGUCACUACGAGCUCUAUCCCGCGCACCGCGCCAGGUCUGUCUAGCAGCGAGGAGGCAGUAUGCGACCAACUAUGAUCAGCGCACCAAAGAAACACUGAAGGUAUCUUCGCGAUUGACGUGCUCCUCAUCCUCCCCGGCUUCCUCACCCUCUCCAGCCUCCUCCACUUCUCCCAGCCCCCCGGAUCACAGUAAAUCCACUCGGCCGGGACACCAACACGAAUCCGCCUACGCCUCCGACGUCCCCAAGCCCGUUGAAGACCGCCAUGGCGAUAGCGUCAACAAACACAGCAUCGCGGCACACAAGAACCAGAACAAAGUUCGCGAGGGCAAAUUCUCGGGCAAAGAAUUUGACAAUCAUGUGCAAACACAUUCACCGGGGAAGCCUGAAGGUGAUUUCGAGAAGCGGUAG